GUCCGAACCUACAAAAGAUAAAAAUAGGGAACUGGGGAAAAAAAAACAAUCGGGGACGAAAAGAAUGGUAGAAGAGGAAAAAACCCUAAAUCCGAUCUACAUAGUUCCUGAAGAUUUACUGGAAGAGAUUUUCCUUCGACUUCCAUUGAAGUCCAUCCUUAGGUUCAAAGCCGUCUCAAAAGAAUGGAGAUCAAUCAUGGAGUCGAGGAGCUUCGCGGAGAGGCGUAUGAAAGCUGAGAAGAAGAACCCAAAAAUCCUGGCUGUUGGAGACCACCGGACUGAGUCGCGAUUCACAUUGGACGCAGGGGAAAUAGAGGUGGUCUGUUUACGCGGUGACGCCGCAAAAAGGCCGUCGCUGACUUGUGAAGGUUUGGUUUGCAUCCCCGUACCAGGUUGCGUCAACAUUCUGAACCCUUCGACAGGAGAAUACAUCAGUUUCCCUUCGGGUAUGGAUCCGGUCACCAGGCGCUUUGAUUACAUAUUCUUUGCAGCUCCAUGGUGGAAUAUUUUCCCUGGAUAUUGGGCUAUGGGAUUUGGUAAAGACGAAGUUAAUGGCAAUUAUAAAGUAGUGAGGAUGUUCUUUGAUCCUACAUUUUAUUGUGAGAUUCUUGAUGUGAGCAUUGGGGAAUGGAGGAUAGUAAAACCGCCUCCUUAUCGGGUGGAUCCAAGACGGAAGUCAGUGUGUGUCAAUGGAUCCAUCUACUGGUUAGAAAUGUUGGAUGGUGAUAGCAUACUAGCUUUGGACCUUCAUACAGAAGAGUUCAGUGAUGUCCCAGUUCCGCCAGAAUCCUCGGACUUAGAUCAACUAGUGAACCUUCAAAACCGUCUAGCCAUAGCCACACCUGAUACCGUCCCUGUUUGGAGAUUAGUUCUAUGGACCCUAGAUGCACAAGAAAAGACAUGGAGCAUGACUUACACCAUAAAUUUACGCAUUCGUGACCCUGAACCUUCUAGAGUGUGGUUUAGGCCUUUGGCGGUAUGUAAGGAAGGAAUUUUUUUCUUCUGUGAUAAUAAGAAGAGGUUGUUUAAGUAUUAUCCAAAGACAAACGAGCUCUCAUGCAUCUCGUCAGACAUUUGUGUUAUAUCUGAUUUCGCUGAAAAUUUGGUUUCACUUCGCCCCUCUUCUCCUGCAAGCACAUCGGAGUACCUAUCUGGAUUUCACUAUGAAUACGAUGCGCAGGAUGAUGUGCAGGAUGAUGUGCAGGGUUCUCAGCUGAUCGAAAAGUUUAGAUGGAUCAAAAAGAGAAUCCCAAGUAUUUUGAUUACCACCACUGUAGUGUCUGCAGUUUUUUUCCGCUAUUUUUCUGUUUCCUGUGGGUCUCGACAUUAGUAUUUACUAUGGUUUUCUUUUCUAUCAGCUCUUGAUGAAUUGACAGACCUGUUUUAUAUUCAUAUACUAGGCCAAUGCAAGUACGCUGUAAUGGUUUGUUUUUGUUUUUUUUUGUUAUUUGCUUGGGGUUUUAUGUUAUUUUACCAUUUCUGCACACAUGGUACAGCAAAACAUGUAGUUUUAAAUCUUUUUUUGAGAAUAUAAAGGUUUUUCUGUUUUGGCUUA